AUCGCGACUACAGAGAACAGCAAGCUGCAAGUGAAUGAAUAGUAGUCUCCGGUGAUUGUGAAGUAACUAAACCGUGAAUUUAAACUGUUUUGUUGGUUCGCUGGUCCUAAGGAUUUUGGAAUCAAGUUAUCUCACCUGAGGGUCGACGUGUGCAGCCAUGGCUCGUAAGGAUUAUGCGGCAGAGAAAGACAAAUGCAAAAGGUUCCUGCAGGAGUUUUACUCGGAGGAUGACAAUGGGAAGAAGGUGUUCAAAUAUGGAGCUCAACUUGUGGCGCUGGCCCAUAGGGAGCAGGUGUCUGUCUUUGUGGAACUGGACGACGUGGCUGAAGAAGACCCCGAGCUGGUUGAGAGCAUUUGUGAGAAUGCAAAGCGUUACACGGGCCUGUUUGCUGAUGCUGUGCACGAGCUGCUGCCAGAGUACAAAGAAAGAGAUGUUGUGGCCAAAGAUUCUUUGGAUGUGUACAUUGAGCACCGGCUGAUGAUGGAACAGAGGGGCCGCGACCCUGCAGACACUCGAGACCCCCGUAACCAGUACCCGCCUGAACUCAUGAGGAGAUUUGAGCUGUACUUCAAGCCUCCAACCACCACCAAACCCAAAGUGGUGCGUGAUGUACGAGCGGACAGCAUCGGUAAUCUGGUGACGGUUCGAGGAAUAGUGACCCGCGCCACUGAGGUCAAACCAAUGAUGGCUGUCGCUACGUACACAUGUGACCAGUGUGGUGCAGAGACAUAUCAACCAAUCCAGUCUCCGUCCUUCAUGCCCCUCGUCAUGUGUCCCAGCCAAGAGUGCGUCACCAACAAAUCUGGAGGUCGACUCUACCUGCAGACCAGAGGCUCCAAAUUUAUCAAGUUUCAGGAGCUGCGUAUUCAGGAACAUAGUGACCAAGUGCCAGUCGGAAAUAUUCCAAGGAGCAUGUCUGUGUACGCCCGUGGAGAAAACACACGCCUCGCCCAGCCAGGAGACCAUGUGGCCAUCACCGGAGUCUUCCUCCCUCUUCUCCGCACAGGCUUCAAACAGGCAGUUCAGGGUCUGCUGUCAGAAACGUACCUGGAAGCCCACAGCAUCACACUCAUGAACAAGACGGAGGACGAUGAGCUCGGCAACGAGGAGCUGACUGAUGAGGAGCUGCGUGGCAUCACAGAUGAAGGAUUUUAUGAGAAACUAGCUGGCUCAAUAGCACCCGAGAUAUAUGGACAUGAAGAUGUCAAAAAGGCUCUGCUCCUGCUGCUGGUUGGAGGAGUGCAACAGGCACCUAAAGGCAUGAAAAUCAGAGGCAACAUAAACAUCUGCCUGAUGGGAGACCCAGGAGUUGCCAAGUCCCAGCUGCUGUCCUACAUUGACCGUCUGGCUCCUCGAAGCCAGUAUACAACAGGUCGCGGUUCGUCUGGUGUCGGCCUGACUGCAGCAGUGAUGCGUGACCCCCUGACCGGAGAAAUGACCCUGGAAGGUGGAGCCUUGGUGCUGGCUGAUCAGGGCAUCUGCUGCAUCGAUGAGUUUGAUAAGAUGGCAGACGCUGACCGCACAGCCAUCCAUGAGGUGAUGGAACAGCAGACCAUCUCCAUCGCUAAGGCUGGCAUCAUGACCUCCCUCAAUGCCCGCUGCUCUAUUCUAGCAGCAGCCAACCCUGCCUAUGGCCGCUACAAUCCCCGGAAGAGCAUUGAGCAGAACAUUCAGCUGCCAGCCGCUCUGCUUUCCCGUUUCGACCUGCUCUGGCUGAUCCAGGACAAGCCGGACGCCGAUGCUGACCUGCGUCUCGCCCAGCACAUCACCUACGUCCACCAGCACAGCCGCCAGCCGCCCACGCACUUCACACCCAUCGACAUGAAGCUGAUGAGGCGUUACAUCGCUGUUUGUAAGAAGCGGCAGCCUGUGGUGCCUGAGGCACUGGCUGACUACAUCACUGCUGCCUAUGUAGAGAUGAGGAAAGAGGCCCGCGUCAGCAAAGACACCACCUUCACCUCUGCCCGUACCCUCCUCUCCAUCCUCCGUCUGUCCACUGCCCUGGCUCGCCUCCGCAUGAUGGAGACUGUGGAGAAAGAGGAUGUUAACGAGGCAAUGAGACUGAUGGAGAUGUCCAAGGAUUCUCUUCAAGCUGACAAGUCCAGCACCACAAGGGCUCAGCGCCCGGCUGAUGUCAUCUUCUCACUGGUGCGUGAGCUCUCCACGGAGGGCGUGGCGGGCCGCGGUGGAGCCGGUGGGGUGGUUCGCAUGGCUGAAGCGGAGCAGCGUUGCGUGUCUCGUGGUUUCACCCCCGCCCAGUUCCAGGAGGCCUUGGAGGAGUACGAGGAGCUGAACGUGUGGCAGGUCAACCAGGCCCGCACCCGCAUCACCUUUGUCUGAAGAACCUGGGGCACAUAUUCACGAGGGGAAGACUUUGUUGUGGGCUUUCUACAGACUCGUUUUUGGCUCUUCAUUUUUCCUCCUUCAGCAUUUUGACACAAGUCAAGCAGAAAGUGAACAUUUUUUAAGCAUGACAAUUUGCAAGAAUUGUGCUGUUGGAGACCCGUAGCUUUUUAUGUAAAGAAGUAAAGUCGCUUGUAAAUAUGUAUGUCAGAACUUGGAGUUGUGUAGCAUUUGCAGUUUAGAGCUUAAAGCUUCCAGCUUCUUUGACACAGAGCUUUUCUGUAUAUUUUAUACGCUGAAUUGCAACUAACGAAGACAAGGUAAAUUAACAUUGAGUCUUGUUUUGUGGCAGUAAAAAUAAAUUCAUGGUUCAAUAUUG